ACCUCAACCAACUCAACCCUCCAUUUCUCCCCUACCCUAACACAACCUCAACCUCCUUCCCAGCUUCUCUCGCUCUCACUUAUUUAUUACUCUCCCAUUUGUUACGUUGCAGCAAAGGUACUCCACCCUAAUCUCUCGUCUUCCCCCCUGUUCACCCCCCUUCUGGAAUACGCUGCACGCUCAGAGUUGUCAUUUAUUUGUUGCUGACCAAAACAAGGCGCCACUUUUCCUCUGUCUUGCUACCGUACUCCCGUAACCUCAUCGGGACUCCUGCGUGCCCUUAGACCUCAUUCUGUGCGAGCCUUCGGUUCGGUUGAGCCUCCGAUAAUCAAAAUGCCGGCCCACUCUGAAGACGGUGGCAGCGGCCCACUGGAGGAGAGUACCUAUGAGUUGCUCAGUAUGUCCACUGAGAUCUCUGAGGACGAAGACGACACUUCAUCGAUAACCUCGUUUAGGGACAACAUCAGCGAAGACAAUAUGUCUAUUGAGGAUAGCGAGUCUCUUGCUGAAUUUCAAGAUGACUCUCCUCAUUCCGAUCCGAGCCCCGGCAUUCCUGCAUUCGGUGGCCUUGAUGAGCAGCACCUCGAUAAGAGUAGAAUGACCCUCAAAGAUGAACGUUUUGGCCCGGAACAAGUGGUCUUCGAGGAACCAGAAGACUUCGUUGGUGAACAGAUCUCCGUGAGCUCGCGUGUAAUUGAAUUCAACGAAGCGGAUUCCAUGGACAUCAGCCAGCACCUGAGGGUUGACGAACCUCCCCCCGCUAAACUUUUCGCCACAGUGCGGCAAACCAUGAGCAAGCACCAACUUGUCAUGGAGGAGCCUUUCCGCAUCCUGUAUAUCGGGGCUACGUCUGCGAAGGAUGAGAUAACAACGAAAUUAGGCGGUGCACUAGCUGUCCCUGUCACUGAAUCAACCAGCUCUUCCUGCUCGUGGGAAAGCUCCAAGGGCUCGCGUUUUAAUGUCAUACCUGUCUCGUCUUUUGGUGCUCGCAGCAGUUCACCCGAGGUCGAGCUUGUGGAGUCCUUUGGCGUAGAAAUGGCCGUUGAUGUGUGCACCGCAGCCAGAGCCUCCAAGAGAGACGGUCGGCCAGACACUCUAUCAUUGUGGCUGAAUGGUAACCAAUCCGUGUCGUCGUCUUAUGGCGACAACGGUCCCCAGCUUGAGAGUCCUGGUUGGAAAUUGCCUCACCUAGCAGUUGUUUUCUGUUCGGAAGACGAUAAUACACAGAGGAGGAUGACCCGAGUAUACGCAAGAGCUUUCAUGGCUCGUCACUCUGUUCCAACCCUUGUGAUUUCUCAAGACCCCCUUUAUCACAAACUCACAGAGAAUUACACCCUCGAUACACGAAGUGUGCAUAUGUGUCUCGAGUCGCAAUCCGAUUCGAAAUAUGGCCACCUCGUUCAUAAGCGUUUGCCUAUUGAUUUAAAUACCUUCCUCAAUCUUGAUGUCCGUCAGAUGAACCGCAACUUGGCCUGCGUUACCGGUAUCUCUCCAAAAUCCGAUCGGGGGAAUGCGCCGAUCCCAGUUGGCAGAUUACGAACUUCUGUGUCCUCCAUUGUUUCCACUGACACAUUGCUGAGAGAUGUAGAAAAGGCACCCCAUCGGCCAACUUUGAACGCCUCGAGCAGCCUAUAUUGGGUCCGUGACCAGAAACGCGAAGACCUCUGGAAAGUUUUUCUCGUGGGCUGGAUAUUCGUGUGUGGUCUAGCUGGAGCGACCUUUGCCAUUGCUUGCAUGAAAUUCAAAUCACCGGUGGCCACAGAUGAAGCUCUCCCCCCAAUCAUAAAAGUCGUCACCCAGAUAACCUCUGCCUCGACCAUAAUGCCCCCUACUGCGGUCUCCGUUAUUACCUCACUCUCCACCACGGUUCGACAUGCCUCGAGCAUCGCCACGACCUCGUCAUGCGGUCCCAAGAACGAUAUAUCUAGUCUUGUCUUCGACCCGAACUCUCCAAUACUGAACCAAUCUAACCAAUUCACUGUUCAUGUCAUUGGAGAUAACCAUCUUAUCAUACGCCCCCCGCAAAAAUAUCUGCUACUCCGAAAGCCGCCUACUUUAUUUGUCGAAGUCACCCGUGGCGGAGAGGAAAUAUCUUCCGAACUCUCAAAACCUCUGGAAGGCGUAUACACGUUGGAGCUGGAUAGUGAACAAGCUUGGGGAUUAGUGAAGAUUUCGAUUUCGACCAGGAGCGCCCCUUUGAUCAGCGAGACAUUGGAGGUUGACUUCGGGUCCCCUUGGCUAAAGCUUUCGGGAUGGCUUAAGGCGGCGGAACAGAAAAAGGCGGAAAUCCAGGUCAUAGUGAAGCAGACCAUAAUCGAAGCAGACAAAAUUGCAAACGACUUGACCGACAUUGCAGGAAAGCAGGCUAUGGAGGUGACGGAAGCUGUGGUUACUAAAGCCAAGGAGAUCAAAAAUGGUGUUUCAAAGCUUUACCAAGGAACCAAAUCUAUCCCUCUAAAGCAUUACUUCCCCUCGGUCAGCAAAUCGGAAUACGUGCAAAAGGCACAGAAGCAGGCCAAGAUUGUCUGGGAGAAGGAAACCGAGAAGCUUUCCGCAAAAAGAGAGGACGCCAAGCGAGCCGGGUGGUUAGGCCGAUAAAUGGUCUACCUUUUUCAAUUUCAUCAGUAUGGUUAGUUGGUCGGCCCUUCUGCUUUUUUUAUUUAACGUGCUGUGUCUCAAUAUUUCUCCCUCCAGCUUUCUCUCAAUUGGAAGAGGUGGAAACGGCGGGGACUUCGACGGACCCUCUCGGUUUAUUGUUCAUGUAUGUGAUUAGUUAGGGGCUUUUCCUUCUUCUCUUUCACUUCGUUCUUGCUUUGUUUCUCUGUGCUCACUUGUCCGGCUCCUGGAGUAUUUUUUUUUCUUUCCCCAGUUGGGUAGGAAGCGAAUAGGAUAGGAGCUCUUCAGACACAAAGGACUUGGGCAUGAUUAGGGGGAUGCACGGGACUCGGUUAGGUCUAUCAGGAGUUGUUUUCUUUCGUUUUUUUGUUUUCAAUCAUAUUCUAUGUCUUCUAAGUGGUAUAUUUGCUUUUCUUUACUUCCCAUUCCUACUAUCAUACAUGUAUGGCGAUGACCUGAGGGACUUCAGAAUAUGGUAAGUGUUCUGAGGAUGAAUCAUUAUAAAUAAACGGACAGACAACUGUGGUG